AUGUAUCUUUUCGGUGCUUUCUUAUCGGUCAUCUGCGCACUAUUUGUAGUCCAAGCUUGUAGCCCAAUAAAAGGACCACCAGGACCUCCAGGACGAGAUGGACAAAGUGGAAGACGGGGGGCGAGAGGACCGCCAGGAGAUGAGGGACCAAAGGGAGAGCAAGGCUUAGAAGGUGAUCCUGGAAUCCAAGGUCCACCAGGUGAUCAAGGAGACAUCGGAAUUCGGGGGCCGGUCGGCGAUCAAGGAAUGCAAG